UCCUACAGCGAUAAUGUUGAUGAAUCUAGGUGGUCCUUCAACGCUAGAUGGUGUCGAAGAUUUUUUAACAAGACUAUUUUCGGAUCCUGAUCUUAUUCCAAUCCCAUUCCAAAAAUAUGCGGCCCCGAUUAUUGCAAAAAGAAGGACUCCUAAAAUUCAAGAACAAUACGCAAAAAUCGGUGGUGGUUCGCCUAUAUUAUCCUGGACUCAGAAACAAGGUAGCGCGUUGGAAAAGUUGAUGGAUGAAAUAAGUCCUCUAACUGCUCCGCAUAAAACAUAUAUUGCAUUUCGUUACGCACCUCCAUUAACUGAAGACACGAUAAUUCAAAUGAAAAAAGAUGGUGUUAGACGCGCAAUUGCUUUCACUCAAUACCCACAAUAUUCUUGUUCAACUACUGGUAGCAGUCUAAAUGAACUCUGGAGAAAAUCUGAAAUUAUGGAUCCUGAAGGAUCAAUUCACUGGAGUAUUAUUGAUAGAUGGCCAACUCAUCCUGGAUUGAUUGAUGCAUUCGUUAAGCACAUCGAAAAAUCACUUCUUACUUAUCCUAAAGAAGUUCGGAAUAAAGUAAUCCUCUUAUUUUCUGCUCACUCACUUCCUAUGGUAGUAGUAAAUAGAGGUGAUCCUUAUACAUCGGAAUCUCAAGUCGGACCGCAACCAUGGCAAGGUCCUCAAACUCUGGAUGCUAUAAUUGGAUACGGUGAAAAAGGCGAAAAAAAUAUUUUGUUAAUUCCAAUUGCUUUUACAAGUGAUCAUAUUGAAACUUUGUUUGAAUUGGAUCUGGAAUAUGGUCAUGAAGCUGAAAAGGCAGGAAUAACAGGUUUAAAACGUGCAGAAUCUUUGAAUGAUGAUCCAAUUUUUAUAAAUGCAAUGGCAAAUAUUGUAAAAAAUCAUCUAGAAAAGGUUAAAUCUG